UUCUGAGGUAAGUUAAAUUAUACAUGCAACAGACUAAUGCUGAGAUGCCACGUGGAAAGGGUUUCCGUCGCUCCCAGGCAGCCAAGAAGAGGAAUGCUGAGCGUCACACGCUCCUUCAUAGACUUGGUAGAGGAUAUCUGUCCUCUACCAAAAAAGGCACCUACUGAAAACUCUGAUGCAAAUACUUGUGAAAAUUCCCCUGAGAAAACUUGUGAAAAUUCCUCUGAGAAAACUUGUGAAAAUUCCUCUGAGAAAACUUGUGAAAAUUCCUCUGAUGCAAAUACUUGUCCAAAUUACUGCCGUAAGGCUCCCAAAACUUGUGAAAAUUCCUCUGAGAAAACUUCUAAGAAACGCUGGAGUGAUGUUACUAGAGCUUCACUUGUGACCAACUCUGAUUAUUUCCCUCAGAAAGUCGUACGUGGUUCCUUCCAUCAGGGUGAUGCUCGGUUUGGCUGGAACAGAAACCAUCAGUGUGCAGUGAACAGUAUCACAGCAGUCAUGGUGAGUGUGCUGAAGGAUGUGCUGACGUGGACAACAGAGGACCUGAAUGCUGUGCUGUUCCAUGGAGAUGAGCUGUACACAUCAAUGCGACUGCAGGGGCAGAUCAACGAUCGAACAGGGCUGGGUCAUAUUUCUGUUGCAGAACUGCCACGACUACACACACUUGAUAACACAACAUUUUUAAUAAAGCAUGGAGAAUCUUUCUCAGGUGUUUUUGGUGUUGAUUUUUAUGAUGAAUCAUUGCGAGAUGUGUCCAUGACUAUAGAAGAAGCUCUACAGAGGGCUCUGCUUCAGUGUGGUGCAUGUUUGUUAAACAUUAAAGAGUACAUCUGUGCAGUGAUAAAGGCAGGGUCAACAUUUGCUGUAGUCGAUCCCCAUUCGCGUAACCGUAAAGGUAUGCCUGAAGGUAAUGGAAGAAGCAUUGUAGUCUAUUGUGAUGACAUAUACAUGUUGUUUAAUCAUGUUACUAAUCUUGCCAUGUCACUGAAUGCCCAGGGAACAGAUUUUGAAGUGACGUCUGUGAAAGCAACGGUAAUUGGUAAGACCACAACUAUUGAGACAAGUUUUGAGUCUGAUCAGGAAGCCAGUGCCAGUCAUGUUUCACCCAGAAGCACAGUGGAGGAUCGCGAGUGUGUGCGAGAACAUGGUAAACAAAAAGAGAAAGUAGGUGUCGCGCAUGAUUUAGCUACAAGCACAGCGGAGCACAGUAAGUGUAUCAAAGACCACGGUAAACGCAGACGUGGAGACAAGCAAGCAAGUGCGCACAAACUGGAUCAGACAUACUUGGAUUCAAGUAAGAAAAAGAGACGAGUGCAAACUGAGUCAAAACUUGCAAAUGUUAGCACGUUGAAUGAUGUCAUUAUUGCAGACCCAGUGAAUACCGAGUUGAGUUUAAACUCUGCAGAUCAGGAAGCGAAUUUAUCAUUGGAUGAUGUCAUCAUCAUCGGAGAUACUGUGAAUGCUGAAUUCAGUUUCAAACCAUUAAAUAAAGCAGAUAAGGACGCUCUGUGUGCACGUUUACGACUGACUAAUGAAAGCGUUGGUGUUCUAGAUACACAUUCUUCUUCUUUAGGAGUACCGUGCAAAACAAAGUGUAUUAAAGGAGAUGCAAGUGUACGUGAAUACUCUAAAACCAAAUACCACGGCAAUGCAAACUUUCGAAUGAGUGUCAUACAAAAAAGAUCUGAAAUUUCUGCAAAACAGAGGGAAAGACAGAAAGAUAUCGAUUUCACUAUUAAUCAGUUCCAUCAAGAAGUCAGUACAGGUCCAGAAUUUGUUUGCUCUGUAUGUCAUCGUUUGUUGUUUAGAAAACAGGUUAUUGAAUGUAAAAGAGAUUGCUAUAAAAUCAGAGGUCAACAAAUCACAGAUUUGGCUGAAAGAUGCAUCACAGAAAAGUAUUUACACACAUGCAAUAAUGAAUGUGAGAAUAGAUGCCAUUUAUCAGGUAAUGAAGCUCGUAAAUUGUGGAUUUGCUACACAUGCCAUCGUAAAAUUCUUGGUGGAAAAUUGCCUGAAGAGAGUGCCGCAAACAACAUGCAUUUGGUGGACAUUCCCAAAGAGCUAAAAGGUCUAAACUCAUUGGAGGAACAUCUUAUCGCACGCAAUAUUCCUUUUAUGAAGCUUCUUUGUCUUCCUCGUGGAAAUCAGAAAGGCUGCCACGGCCCGGUUGUCUCGGUCCCUGUUAAUAUCGCAGAUGUCUCAAAUAUUCUUCCACGUAAUGAAUGUGAUGACCACAUGAUAAGAAUAAAACUGAAACGAAAAUUAACGUAUAAGGGCCACUAUGAAUAUAAAUGUGUCAGCACUGAUCGUGUCAGACAUGCGCUGUCUUAUUUGGUGAGACAUAAUAAGUGGUAUAAUGAUGUGGAGUUUAAUGAGCAGUGGGUAAACUCUUUAAAUGCAGACGAUGAAGUAGAGAAUGAGGCUGAUGAUUUUGAAAUGGAGAAACAAGAUUUAACAGAUAAAAAUAAGGAUGAGGAAGAAGCUGCAGUUGAUCCAGAGGAAGAUAUAACAUAUAUUAAAGAACAAAGUGGUCUUUUGUCAGACACAUCACUGCAACCUGUUGACAUUGGUUCAGAAAUAAUUGAUCAACAUUUUCAAGAUGUACUAAACGUAGCUCCAGCUGAAGGUAACAGUCCUAUUAGGCUGCUGUCUGAUAAAUCCAAUGAGGCAAAGUGUUUCCCUGUUCUCUACCCUACUGGUGGUCCGACAUUUCACGAUGAAAGACAGGAAAAAAUCACAUUGACACGAUACUUAAAAGCAAGAAUACUAAAUGCAGAUGGACGUUUUGCACAGAGCACAGACUUUCUUUUUUAUGCACAAUAUAUAUCAGAAGUUGAUCAAAUUAUAUCAAAUGUCUCAAUUGCACUGAGGAAAGGUUCAGAGAAAAACUGUCUAAAGAUCACACCAGAUAUGCUAACAAACUCAGACUCUUUGCAAAGAAUACUCAAUAAUGAUGAAGGAUAUAAGUUCUUAAGACCAGUAAGAGGGACGCCUCCCUAUUGGAUGUCUACUCAAAAAGAUCUGUUUGCUCUUAUUAGACAACUAGGCAUACCGACAUUUUUUGCAUCUUUCAGUUCUGCUGAUAUGAGAUGGCCUGAAAUGCUCAACACCAUCAUUAAACAAGAGGGUAAACAAAUAAAUGUUGAUGAGCUCGACUGGUCCGAAAAAUGUGGACUCAUAAGACGAAAUCCUGUCACUGCUGCAAGGAUGUUUGAUCACAGAUGGCAUUGUUUUCUAAAAGAUGUCAUAAUGUCACCAGCCAAGCCUAUUGGCAAGAUAAAAGACUACUUUUAUCGUGUUGAAUUCCAACAACGUGGUUCUCCUCAUGUUCACUGUCUGUUUUGGGUGGAAGAUGCUCCGAAGCUCAAUGAUCAUGAUGCAGAUAAUGAUGCAGUGGUUGCUGAUUUUAUUGACACCUACAUCACUUGUGAGACACCACCAGAAAAUGACACUGUACUUUAUGAGACAGUGAACAGUGUUCAGAAGCACAGUACAAGACAUUCAAAAACAUGCCGGAAGAAAAAUACAGUUUGUAGAUUUAAUUUUCCAAGACCGCCAUCUAGUCGGACCUUCAUUACAAGAGAAAGAAAUGCAGAUGACUCGAAAGGCAAGGGUGAAGAUACCACAGCCAGUGAAAUUAUAAAGAAAGUCAAAGCUGCUUUAAAUUCUGAUGUGAAUUUUGAUUCUGUUGAUGCCUUUUUUUCAUCUAUUGGGAUUAAUCAAACUAUGUUUGAAAAAGCAUACAAUGAAUGUUCCAAAAAGAAAAGCAUUGUCUUGAAAAGAAACCCAAAAGAUGUUUGGGUAAAUCAAUACAACAGAGAUUUGCUGCGUGCUUGGCAAGGAAAUAUGGACAUUCAGUAUGUCACAGAUGCCUUUUCUGUAGUGGUCUAUAUACUUAGUUAUAUCACAAAAGCAGAACAAGAAAUGGGACUUCUGCUUCAGCGUGCACAAAAUGAAGCAAUGAAUGGAAAUCUUGAAGCUAAAGCAUCAUUAAAACAGUUGGGAAGCAUGUAUCUGCACAACAGAGAAAUUUCUGCUCAAGAGGCGGUGUACAGGCUGACAGGCAUGCAUUUGAAGGAAUGUUCCCGCAAAGUACAGUUUAUUCCAAUAGGACAAAAUCCUGUAAAGAUGAGUUUGCCUUUGCAUGUGCUUCAAAAUAAAGUGGAAAAUGACCAGUGUGAUGAUGAAAGCAAUUUUUGGAUGACAAGUAUCACUGACAGAUAUAAGAACAGACCAGAGAAAGAACCACUAGAAAAUCUAUGUCUCGCCAGUUUUUGUUCUGAGUACAGAGUUCUGGCAAAAUCAGAGGUUUCCUCACAAAACAAAACAGCAGAAAAUGAAAUAAUUAAACUGAAUAACAACAACGGCCAUGUAAAACGGAGGACAAGAACUGAACCUGCAGUAGUGAGAUAUCCUAGGUUUUCUCCCACAAAAGAUCCAGAAAAAUAUUAUCAUUCAUUGUUGCAGCUUUUCUUACCACAUUAUGAUGAGUCUGAUCUGAAGCCUAGCAAGUAUAACACUUAUGAAGAGUUUUACAACAGCGGUGUCAUAAAAAUUGGUUGUGAACUGAAACAAGUGAAAUCAGAUGUUGAUGGCAACAGAGCAUUAUUUGAAAAGGAAAGUGACAAAAUAGAUGAAGCUAAACAGCUUUUGGAGCAAAAUCUUGAUUUAGAAGAUGCCUGGGCUGAGAUAUGUCCUGAAACUGAGAAACAGCGUGAUGAAUGCAUAGACCUGAUGAAGGACAAACUACUGCUUGAUGAAGAUGACAGUCAAGAACUUAUUCCAGAUCUUACAGCAAACCCUCAAACUGUGUGCACCAUUGAAACGAAUCACACUACAAUGCCUAGAGAUGAGGCGUUGCAUUUACUAAGGUCGUUAAACGAGGAACAAUCUGCUGUGUUCUACAAAGUGCAGAAGUGGUGUCUACAGAAAGUACUUGGACAAAAUCCUGAACCAUUUCGAUUAUUUCUUACUGGUGGAGCAGGCACAGGAAAAAGUCAUCUAAUUAAAGCAAUACAAUAUGAAUCUACUAGACUGUUGUCUCAGCUUUCUGAGAAUCCUGAUGAUAUUACUGUACUUUUGACCGCAUCGACGGGUGUUGCCAGCUUUGGAAUCGGAGGCGGAACUGUUCAUAAUAAUUUCGCAAUUGGUGCAAAUGUCAGACUGCCAUAUCAACCUCUUAGCGAUAAUAAAAUAAACUCAUUACGUACAAAAUUGGGUUCGUUGCAUAUUUUGAUUAUUGAUGAAGUGUCUAUGGUUGACCAUCGUCUUUUGUCAUACAUUCAUGGAAGACUACGACAGAUAAAACAAACUGGUGACUACUCUCUCUUUGGAAAAGUCAGUAUUCUUUGUGUUGGGGAUUUCUAUCAACUUCCUCCAGUAAAAGGAACUGCUCUCUAUGCUGAUACAAAAGGAGUGAACCUCUGGGAGAAUAACUUUCAAGUUGCAGAAUUAACUAAAGUUGUUAGACAACAAGAUCCGAGUUUUGCUGAAAUGUUAAAUCGACUGAGAGUACACAAGAAAGGGGAAUCCCUUUUGUCUAAUGACAUUGCUAUGUUGAAAAAAUGUGAAACAGGGAAGAAGUGUAAUGAUAUUCACAUAUUUGCUACAAAUGCUGAAGUUGAUAAAUAUAACAUCGAAAGACUACAUGAAUGUUGCCCAGAGGCAAUCAGUAUACAUGCUCAAGAUAUGUCAAAAACUGGACGAAUGGAACGUAAAGUUGGAUUUCAUACUAAAGUUUUCAACUCGUGUUUGUCUAAAUCUGUUUCGCUGGGUAUUGGAGCAAGGGUUAUGUUAAAAAAAAAUAUUGAUGUUGCUGACGGUCUUGUCAAUGGAGCGUUUGGUACAGUUGUCCACGUAAGUGAAAGUCAAAAUGAUAAUGAUGAUUUCCCAUCAGCUAUACAUGUGGAGUUUGAUAAUGCAAACGUUGGUAAAAUUCAAAGAUCUAAAACAAGAAAGAGAUUUUCCCAAAAUUCAACAGUUAUUGAAGUACAAGAAGACCAUGUCACAAACGAUGGUGGUAUAAGACGUCAGUUUCCUCUCAGAUUGGCUUGGGCAUGUACAGUUCACAAAGUGCAAGGACUCACAGUAGACAGAGCAGUUGUGUCACUUAAGAAAAUCUUUACAGCAGGGCAAGCAUAUGUUGCUUUGAGCCGAGUAAGAUCUCUUAGUGGAUUAAUCAUUGAGGACUUUAAAGAGUCUGCUAUAUUUUGUAAUGACAAAAUUGAGUUGGCUAUGAAAGAUAUGACAAAAUUUCUGUUGGAAAAGGACAGUUCCACUAAGUCCCAUG